AUGAGGUUGAACAAGAACCUUGUCAAUCUCCUAAAAGAACUCGAGGACCGCGUAGAUGAGGCGGAUAAGAAGAUCAUCAGUCAGACGUUACAUGAUGUGGAGGAUGAUCUCGUUUCCAUGGAUUCUCUGCAAUCCGUCAGGACUCUGGGGAAGAGGCCACGCGAGCAACCUGCACCGAGACAAGAGACACGGGACGGCGAUGACGGCAAUCACGGAGAGGCUUUUGUAACUGCAUCGGUCGGCUCCAAUGAGGACCUCGACUUCCUUGACGAAGAUUUGAUGCGCAACCGCGAGUCGAGAGAGACCGGCUACAUGGGCCAGAACUCAGAGGUCCAAUGGUUACGAAGCGUUCAGCGUCAAGUAGAGCGUGCCAAUUCAGAAGAUCCUCAAGGGCAGCGAUACGGCCCUCCGGGCGCGAGUUUGGCAGCUAUUGACGAACGAUCCGAAGCUUUGCAUGAACGAAGGCAGAACGCUAGACCAGGCUCAAUGCAACACAUCACGGAUGCGAGUUUCUACCUGGACGGCGAUGACAUUGAGGUCGACAUCGCUGUAGACCCCGACGAGAUACCUGGUCCUGAUAUUGCCGAAAAGCUGUUUGAUUGCUACAUGGGAACCGUACAUGGCACAUUCCCCCUCAUGCCUAAUAACUUCGAAGAUCAGUUUCGGCGCUACAUCCAAUCUCUCAGGUACGGACGUCCGUAUACAAUUCCCCCACCCUGGCGUGCGACCAUGAAUCUGCUUUUCGCUAUUGGCGCCAAAUACUCUCAUCUCACUGGUGCCGAUUGGAGAGGAGAUGAGAGAGACCAUCUUGUAUACAUGACACGAGCUGUCCAACUCCUGGGACUGAGAGAUACCAUAUCGUUCCUGGCAGCCCCCAGUCUGGGCAGGGUUCAAGCAACGGGAACAUUAGCGUUUUACUUCCUUGUGAUUGGGCACGUGAGUAGAGCAUGGAUCAUGAGCGGGCUCUCAGUCAGACUUGCCUUGGCACUCGGUCUACACUUGCGUAACGAGGAUGAUUCGAUGAACGACUCCAAGAGAGAGCCGUUGGUGAAGACGUGGUGGUGCUUGCACUCGAUAGAGUGUCUCGUUUCAUCCAUCACUGGUCGGCCGCCGGUCAUUGGAAAUGAGGAUUGCACUGUAACAUUGCCACAGUACAAACCCGGAUCUCCAGUUCGAGACACAACUGCGGCGCGACAAUCGUCUCGGAUUCGCACAAGCUACAGUACACCUCAGACUCUUGCAAGUAGUGCCGCCUCUGACUCUGGCCAACGGCAUACGGAUGGAAGCCACUAUCUGCAUACGUAUGUCACCUUGACUAUCAUUUCACAGAAGGUCCUUCUCAGCCUCUAUUCGCCUCGGACUGCAGUCCAAUCCUGGGAGUACGUACAGACAAAGAUCGCGGAGCUGCUCAGAGAACUAGAGGACUGGGUCAAGACAGCCUUACCGCCUGAGGAUAUACGCCCGAGCAACUGGAAUCAACGACCUGAACUCAAUCGUGAACGCUUCCUGCUCAGAAUCUACUACUGGAGUACAAAAGUCCUCAUAACCCGACCUUGCCUCUGCCGGAUCGAGCGAAGGAUAUCAACGGAGAGUGUCAAGUCGAUGAACUUCAACAACGAGUCUGCCGAGACAUGCGUCAAUGCAGCUCGAAACAUGACAAUGCUGUUUCCUGAGCAGCCAGAUACACAUUUCAUUUACUCACAAGGACCGUGGUGGGAUGUAGUUCAUCUCAUUAUGCAAUCGCUGGCCGUGCUGCUACUGGAAAUGGCUUACGAAGGGAAGCAUCUAAAAGAUGAAAGAGAGGACAUCAUGGCCUGUAUCAAGAAGAUGAUACGCUGGCUUCGAGCCAUGAAAGCCAAUGAUCCUGUCGCGGCUCGGGCUCACGAUGUCGUUUACAAGAUCCUGAACACAUGUGCGCCCGCUCUUCGGGAGCAAGUCAAGGAGCUGAUUGCCGAUGAUACCGUGUGGACUUCCCAGCCUGCGCAGCCUACGCGCUCUGGUGGCUCUUCUACGUUCACGUCGCAGUCAAGUACGUGGAAUGCAUCAGGUGCUACUGGCUAUUCCCAAGAAAUGCCACCGAACUUUCCUCCCCCGCUAUCCCAAGAUCACUUCAUGGAUCCGUUACUUCAAUACCCUUUACCGGGACAACAACCAACGUCUUUCGCUUUUGGAAACCCCUUCAUGACAAAUUUUGAUCAAGGCGUACCUCUUGUCGACAUGCAGCAACUGUGGUGGCAGUCAGCGCCCUUAAGCAAUCUGACCUUCAAUCCUUCUGAGAUGAAUCUGUCACAACAACAACUCAUGCAACAGCAGAUGCAGCAACAAAUGCAUCGACAGAUGCGGCAGGGUGAUUUCUCCGAGCAGCAAGACAAACAGGGCUCUCCCGAGCAGCCGCCUGGUUAG